AUGUCGACCACCGUGGAUAAGAUUAAGCAAGUCGAGGAUGAGAUGGCCAGGACGCAGAAGAACAAAAACACAUCUUAUCAUUUGGGACAGUUGAAGGCCAAGCUUGCUAAGCUAAAACGUGAACUUUUGACACCGUCUGGAGGCGGCGGUGGCGGUGGUGCUGGUUUCGAUGUUGCUCGUACCGGUGUUGCCAGUGUUGGUUUCAUUGGGUUUCCCUCUGUCGGCAAAAGUACAUUGAUGAGCAAAUUGACGGGUCAACAUUCUGAAGCCGCGGCCUAUGAGUUCACGACCUUGACGACUGUUCCGGGACAAGUGAUGUACAACGGUGCGAAGAUUCAAAUUCUGGAUCUUCCUGGUAUUAUCCAAGGUGCCAAAGAUGGUAAAGGUCGUGGUCGGCAGGUUAUUGCUGUAUCCAAGACGUGCCAUCUCAUUUUCAUUGUUCUCGAUGUCAACAAGCCACUCAUCGACAAAAAAGUUAUUGAAACGGAAUUGGAGGGAUUCGGAAUCAGAAUCAAUAAACAACCCCCUAACAUCGUUUUCAAGAAGAAGGAUAAAGGUGGAAUUGCCAUUACAAGCACUGUUCCCCUGACUCACAUUGAUCACGACGAAAUCAAAGCUGUCAUGGGUGAAUAUAAAAUCUCUUCUGCCGAUAUCUCCAUCCGAUGCGACGCGACGAUCGAUGAUCUCAUUGAUGUCCUUGAGGCUAAAAGCCGCGCUUAUAUACCUGUCGUUUACGCUCUGAACAAGAUUGAUUCCAUUACUAUCGAGGAGCUUGAUCUUCUGUACCGAAUCCCUAACGCCGUUCCCAUUAGCUCGGAGCACGGCUGGAAUAUCGACGAGCUUUUGGAAUUGAUGUGGGAGAAGCUCAACCUCCGUCGAAUUUACACAAAGCCCAAGGGGAAGGCUCCCGACUAUACUGCCCCUGUUGUGCUUAGGGCCAACGCGUGUACCAUCGAGGACUUUUGUAACUCCAUCCAUCGGACCAUCAAGGAUCAAUUCAAACAAGCUAUUGUCUAUGGUCGGUCCGUCAAACAUCAACCACAGCGUGUUGGUCUCACCCACGAACUGGCUGAUGAGGAUAUUGUGACGAUUAUCAAGCGGUAA